AUGAAGCUCACUCAGAUCUCUAUUGUUCUGGCAGCUCUGCUGUCUAUGACUGCUGCUCAAGGCUUGAAUGACCUGCCGGACUGCUCGAAAGACUGCGCAACCAACGCAAUCCCGGCAAAAUGUGGCAUUGACGUCAAGUGCAUUUGCACGACCAAAUCCUUCCUGAAUGACAUCUCCUGCUGUGUCGCGGACAAAUGCUCCAAGGCGGAUCAAGAAAAGACCCUCAAGGCAGCCAAGUCCAUCUGUGCCCGGGGCAACGUGCACGACCUGCCUGACUCGGUGGAGUGUUCGAAGACUUCGUCCUCGAUGGCUACCGAGACUUCGAGCGGCUCAACCUCUGCCACCGAUUCAUCGGCUUCGACCACCGGGUCUUCGUCUGCUCCCAGUGCGGCAGCAACCACUGGUGGUGCAGCACUCGGCCAAGCCAAGGAUGGCUCUUUGGUGGCUGCCGCAGGAGCCGCCGCCUUUGCGAUCCUUGUGUAG